ACACUUUAUUUCUCACACUUUAUUUCACACUUCAUUUUAUAUAUAAAGGAUGUAAGGAUGUAAGAAAUGUCUCGCACUUUAUUUCUCAUUUUUAAUAACGAUGAACGACGGUAAUAAUGAAAAUACCACGGAAGAGAUUGAAAUUAUAAACGUUGGUAAAGAAGGAAUGUCUUACGGCGAACUAAAAAGGCUCCAUAGCAUGUCCAUGUUGACAUUAAGCAACAUGUCGAAAGUUAUAUCGUCUCUUCCAUCAACGUCAACGUCAACAUCAUCAUCACCAACAAACCCAAUAACAUUAUACUCUUCAAAAAAUGUUAAAAUUUCAAAAACAAACAAUAAUUGGUUGAUUCCGUAUUAUCCUUUCAAAGAAGGCUGCCGGGUGUGUCAUUAUUAUGGACAUUCUUUGAAAAAUUGCCCUAAUCUUAAACCUGAAUUUCGAGGAGUAGAUCGUUGUAUACAUUGUUGGGAACCAGGGCACUUAAGUGGUAAUUGUAGUAGGGAUUCAAAGGUACCACCGUAUAAUGAAGAUUUUUUAUCCCUGGAAGAAAUCAUAAACAAUUUAUUUUAUAAAUAA